UGGAGCGUUGCUUUCCUGCAUACACACCGAAAAAACACACAUACGCACACACAAACACUCGGUAGAUAACGACAGGAGCUCGUGCAGAAUAAACCCAGACGUUGAGUCCUGGGAUCGGCGCGUGGAGCAAACUCUGUUCCUCGCGCCGGAGCUGGGGACUCGCACAGCGGAGGCCAUGGAUCACACCGGGAUACCGGGGGCGCAUCUGCAGGAGCACCCGCACGCGGAGCCCAUCAGCUUUGGCAUCGAGCAGAUCCUCAGUAUGGAGAGCUGCAUGCUGAGCGCGAGGAUGCAAGAGCAGGACUAUGGGCACGGGGCCUACAACAACAGCGACGCGAACGGUGGCGGCUACAUGUACAGUAACACCGGAUAUAACGGCACCAGCAGUGCGUGCGGGAUGGCUUCCCUCGGCUCGGCUUAUCACAUGAACAUGGGCGUGAAUUCGAACGGGCCUAACGUUACUUCUGCCGGGCAUGGGGUCAUCCGGGUCCCGGCACACCGACCCCUGAGCUGCGGGAGCUCUGCGGGGUCCGCGCCGCCGGGUGCCGGGAACAUCAGCCUGAGCGCGCUCACCUUCCCCUGGAUGGAGAGCAACCGGCGCUUCACCAAAGACAGGUUCACAGUGUCCCUGUCCCCCCUUACUGUCACCCGUCGUGUAGGUCACCCGUACCAAAACAGGACCCCCCCAAAGAAGAAGAAGCCGCGGACGUCGUUCAGCCGGCUGCAGGUGUGUGAGCUGGAGAAGCGCUUCCACCGGCAGAAGUACCUGGCGUCCGCGGAGCGGGCGGCGCUGGCCAAAAGCCUGAAGAUGACCGACGCUCAGGUCAAGACCUGGUUCCAGAACAGACGCACCAAAUGGAGGCGGCAGACGGCGGAGGAGCGCGAGGCGGAGCGGCAGCAGGCCAACCGGAUCCUCGUGCAGCUGCAGCAGGAGGCCUUCCAGAAGACCAUCACCCAGCCAGUGGCCCCGGACCCGCUGUGCCUACAGAACAGCUCUCUGUACGCCCUGCAGAACCUGCAACCGUGGACCGAGAACACCGCCAAGAUCAACAGCGUGUCGGCCUGCGAGUAGACUGAGCCAGCGGCCGGGUCUUACCACGGAUAGGGGGCAGAGACCCGGCCCGCAGCUGCUGAGGAGCUCCCCUUCUCGGCGGGUCUCUCCGCCGCUCUGCAGCCUCUGCUGCUCCCAGGACAGACUUGCCUGCUUCGGCCUGCUUCGGCCCGCUUUGGCCUGCACCACACUUGACAUUUUGGAAAUAUUUUGGAGACAUCAAGAAGAACAUUAUGCUCCAUAAAAUUGCGCGAGAUGACCAGGACAUAGGCUACUUACUUCAAUGAUGAGUUGUAUUAUAUUUGUAUAACUGUAGGGACUUGAUGUUUCAUAAUCAGCAUAUUUUCAUCUGUGUUCAUCAGCUGAUCAUUCAGAGGGCUCCACAGGCUUUACAUUAAAAGACAAAUCGUAUAGACACAACUAGGCUACUUGACGCCUAAUGUUGAAAAUGUGUACUACAUUCUCCAACACCUCUCAAGCUCAUUUAAAACAAAUGGUUGUUUUCUUAUUUCUCUCUGACACUGCGUUUCUGCUUAUUUGCGUGACUGUGUUUGACGGUCAUACAUUUUGGACACUGAACAUAUUGUGUCUGCUGGGUUUGACAAAAUACAUGUUCAUGUCAUGUUACAUAGGCUACCCUAUAUUCUCACGAGCUAGAGGGAAAUGUAGUUUGAGCAGCUCACAGAUGCUGACUGAGCGAUGUUCGGAUCAUCCACAGAAACACAAAGAGCCUCGCUGCAUUAAAUAUGUCACGUGACCCUUGUUCACAGCAGCAGAGAGAGGACCAGCUACUAGCAAACACUAUCAGACAGAUCCUGCACAUUCGCAUAACUUUCAACUUCAUUUGGAAAAACGAGAGCAUGAAGCUGUAAAGCAGAAUAUUGACUGUUGCGAUGUGAGUCUGAAACGUGCACUAACAGAGGUAUGUCCACGUGGAGCUCUGCAUAUCACCGAGUCAGCAGAGCUCGUUCCCCAUGUGUGUAGAGACUGCUGUCCUGACUGCUGUUCCUCAUGUACCAUAUUGUGUGUUUCAUAGGUGUUGUGCACCUCAAACUCAUCUGUUAUUGUUUGCAUUUUUACUCAGACGUCCCAUUAAACAUA